AUGCCGAAGAAUCCAUUAAAGAAAGAAUAUUGGGCAGACGUGGUUGACGGAUUCAAGCCAGCUCCUUCGCCAGGCUUCGAAAAUGAAAAAGAUUGUAGUGCCUUCGGCACAGAACAAAAGUCUCAAACUGAUUCUACAUUCCCACUGAGUACCAAAGGAUCACCUGGUAUGAAACAAACGACAAAUGAUAUUACCUCUUCAGAACGUUCACGUGAUAAUGACGACGUGGAACAAGUAGAUAUCAACAACACUAAUUUGAAUAAAGACCUAUCCGUGAGACAUCUGUUGACCCUAGCCGUUGGUGGUGCCAUAGGUACCGGUUUAUAUGUGAAUACAGGUACCGCUUUAUCCACAGGUGGUCCCGCCAGUUUAGUUAUUGAUUGGGUUAUUAUCGGUACUUGUCUUUUCACUGUGAUUAACUCUCUUGGUGAACUUUCUGCUGCGUUUCCCGUUGUUGGUGGGUUUAACGUUUAUGGUAUGCGUUUUGUUGAACCUUCUUUUGCAUUUGCAGUGAACUUAAACUACCUAGCUCAAUGGUUGGUUCUUUUACCAUUGGAAUUGGUGGCUGCGUCUAUUACUAUUAAAUACUGGAAUGAUAAAAUUAACUCAGAUGCUUGGGUUGCUAUUUUUUACGCCACCAUUGCCUUGGCCAAUAUGCUAGAUGUUAAAUCAUUUGGUGAGACUGAAUUUGUACUAUCCAUGAUCAAAAUCCUUUCUAUCAUUGGGUUCAGUAUAUUAGGUAUUGUUUUAUCCUGUGGUGGUGGACCUCAUGGCGGCUAUAUUGGUGGUAAAUAUUGGCGUAACCCAGGUGCCUUUGUAGGGCACAACUCCGGGACUAAGUUCAAGGGUUUAUGUUCAGUUUUUGUGACUGCUGCAUUCUCCUAUUCUGGUAUUGAAAUGACUGCCGUCUCUGCUGCCGAAAGUAAAAAUCCUAGAGAGACUAUUCCCAAGGCAGCAAAGAGAACCUUUUGGUUAAUCACUGCCUCAUACGUCACUAUUUUGACUUUGAUUGGCUGCUUAGUUCCAUCAAAUGAUCCUAGAUUACUAAAUGGUUCCAGUUCGGUGGAUGCUGCUUCAUCUCCUUUGGUCAUUGCUAUUGAAAAUGGCAGGAUUAAAGGUUUGCCAUCACUGAUGAACGCUAUCAUUUUAAUCGCGGUUGUUUCCGUAGCUAAUAGCGCUGUUUAUGCAUGUUCUAGGUGUAUGGUGGCCAUGGCUCAUAUUGGUAACUUACCAAAAUUCUUGAACCGUGUCGACAAAAGAGGUAGACCAAUGAACGCUAUCUUAUUAACCUUGUUUUUCGGGUUGCUUUCAUUUGUGGCUGCAAGUAAUAAAGAAGCUGAGGUCUUUACAUGGUUGAGUGCUUUAUCUGGGCUGUCCACAAUCUUCUGUUGGAUGGCCAUCAAUCUCUCCCACAUUAGAUUUCGUAAAGCUAUGAAAGUUCAAGAAAGAUCUUUAGACGAAUUGCCAUUCAUUUCUCAAACCGGCGUUUUGGGUUCCUGGUAUGGUUUCGUCGUUCUAUUCCUAGUCUUGAUAGCAUCCUUUUGGACCUCUUUAUUUCCAAUUGGCAGUUCAGGUGCUAGCGCAGAAUCAUUCUUUGAAGGCUACUUAUCUUUUCCUAUUCUGAUUGUGUGCUACUUUGGUCAUAAAAUAUAUACCAGAAAUUGGACAUUGAUGGUAAAGAUAGAGGACAUCGAUCUCGACACUGGCAGAAAACAAGUAGAUUUGACUCUUCGCAGAGAGGAAAUGAAGAUUGAACGAGAAAACUUGGCAAAAAAAUCUUUUAUAACAAGAUUUUUGCAUUUUUGGUGUUGA